AUGGCUCGUUCAAUGCUGUGUGCGUUGCUCGUCCUGGCGUUGACGUGUCUGCGCACUUCGGAUGCCUUGUACACCAAGAACUCCCCUGUGCUUCAAGUUACGGCAAAGACAUAUGACUCUCUGAUUGCUCAAUCCAACCACAUCUCGAUAGUCGAGUUCUACGCCCCUUGGUGCGGGCAUUGCCAGAACCUCAAACCGGCUUACGAGAAAGCGGCUAAGAACUUGGCCGGCCUGGCCAAAGUCGCCGCCAUUAACUGUGACGAUGAUGCAAACAAACCUUUCUGCGGACAAAUGGGUAUUCAAGGCUUCCCUACCCUGAAGAUUGUCAAACCAGGUCCCAAGCCUGGUCGACCGGUCGUGGAGGACUACAACGGCGCGAGAUCGACCAAAGCUAUUGUGGACGCUGUCAAGGACAAGAUCCCAAAUCAUGUCAAGAGAUUACAGGGUGAUGCUUUCGACACGUGGUUGAGCGAUCAAGCCGCUCCAGCCAAGGCGAUUGUCUUCACGGACAAAGGUACCACCAGUCCCUUAAUUAAGAGUCUGGCGAUCGACUUCCUCGGUAGCAUUGCUUUCGCACAAGUCAGAGACCGCGCGACGGCGGAGAAGUACCAGGUCACCGAGUUUCCCUUGAUCCAGCUGAUUCCGGCAUUCGGGGAAUCUCCCAUUUCCUACGUGGGAGAAAUCAAUCGGGACUCCUUGGUGAGCUUCUUCAGUCAGGUGGCACCGCCUAAUCCCGACCCAGCCCCCAAGAGUGCGAGACCGUCCAAAUCGUCCUCCAAGACAGCCCAACCAGCACCGGCUUCGUCAGCUUCCGCUGCAUUUUCCAGCGCUUCUGACGCUCACCAGUCUUCCGAUUUCGACGACGAUAUUGCGGGCUCUGGAACCAUAGUUCUGGACGAAGAUGCACCUAGCGAAUCACCUCUUCCUAUUGUGGAACAGGAAGAGAAACCCAUGGUCGUCCCCGAGGCCAUUCCUCCGAUCCCCACGCUUGCCACGCCUGCUGAAGUCGAAGAUGCCUGCCUCACGCCCACGAGUGGUAAUUGUAUCUUAGUCCUGCUUCCCUCCUUGUCUGAUUCGGACGCAAUGCUUCCGGAAACCGCAUUAUCAGCAUUGGCAGGAUUGGCCGAGAUUGCCAACAGGUACGGCCGACGUCACGCCAGAAUGAUCCCGACGUAUGCUGUCCCCCGCGAAAAUCAAGCUGCGAGUAGAAUUUCACAAGAUUUGAGCCUGAAUUCAGAAGGAAACAUGGAAAUCAUUGCACUCAAUAUGAAGAGAGGAUGGUGGAGACGAUACGCGAGUGAAUCCUACGAUGUUGUCGCCUUGGAAAGCUUCAUCGAUGCCAUCAAGCUCGGCGAAGGUACGAAGUCAAAGUUGCCUGCAGACUUUGGAGCGACGACAGCAUCGGAGAGCUCAGAAUCUGACACCACCGAAACCGUGGCUAAUGAUGACGAACCGGAUUCUGAGACUACGGUAGCGGUUCCAGAGCAUGAUGAACUGUGA